AUGGCGGGGAAGUCUUUGGCCGAGCGGCGGGCUUUGGCCGGCGGCGGCUUCAGCGCGUUGAAGGUGGAGAAGGCGCCGCAGAUCAAUGUGGCCGGCAACCGGACGAUCAGGAUACUGAAACCCGAUGAGAAAGUCGAGGAUCAGUACGAAUUGCAGAAAUGCCUCCACGAUGUCGGCAGUCAGACGCAGGUUUGGAAGGCGAUCUACAAGCCGAGCGGUGAGGAUGUGAUUGUCAAGAUGCGUGCCAGGAACUUUGCCGUGGGCGGGGAGACUGUGUGGCAGUCCCUGUUGACGCGGAUGCUGAACCUGGAGGGUCACCAUAACGUCUUGGGAUUGAAAGAAGUCAUUCAGGACGAGAGGAACUACUACAUUGUAAUGACCCGCUGUAGCGGCGGAGAGCUCUUCGACUUCCUCCAGACUGAAACGGAUGUCCCAGAGCGGGAGUGUAAGCGGAUCAUGCGAGAGAUCCUAGAAGCGGUGGACCACAUCCAUUCCAGGGGCUUGAUCCACCGCGACAUCAAGCCGGAGAACAUCAUGUUUCACGACACUUCCAACGAGCCGAACUCUCCGAAGACGCCGGCGAGCAAGAAGGCCGUGAAGCUGAUUGACUUCGACACCUGCUUAGAGUACGAGCCGAAAUCUCCACGGGCCAAACACGUCGUGGGCACCCUGGGCUACUUGGCCCCGGAGGCGUUGCAAGGCGACUAUUCGCCCGCGUCCGACUUAUGGAGCGUGGGAGUGAUCCUGUACAUACUAAUGACCGGGGACAUGCCCUUUGAUCAGGACGUGUUUGGAGAGCAGCUGCGGGAUACCCGUUGUGGCAGUGCAACGAUGAACUCCAUCUACUACAAACUGCAGCAUGAGCCCCUCAUCGAGGAGAUGCGACAACUCCUGGGGCCCCUGGAGGAACUCCCCGAGGACUUGGUGGAUGAUCUCUGCUUCUGCCGUUUCCUCCGAGGCCAUGGGAACAACCCCAAGGAGGCAGCGCAGUACAUGGGGAAGGCGCCCGGAACGCAGCUGGAGUUGAUUAGCAGAUCGCCCAUCAAGGAAGUCAGAGAGGAAGUCCUCAACGCCACAGAGAUGGAUCUCAAUGUCCUGCCCAGAGCAAACGAACUGCUGCCAUGCUUCCCAGUUAGAGUCAUCAACGGGCGCUCCAUGAAUGCCUUGCCCAUCAUUGCCUCCGUGGUUCGCCGGGUGGAUUUCGAGACGUUGGAGAGAGCCCCUGGGCGAGCACCAACUGGAGAUGACUUCUUGCUAUCCCAGCUGGAGCAACGCUGGCUGGUGCUACACAACCUCAGCAAGAAGCAGCGCCGCAUGGUGAAGUUCUUUGAGGUACGGGACAUGAAUGGUGCGUCGAUCAGUACCUUGCUCACUGAGGGUGCUACGCAGCUAUCGAAGAUCAAGAACAUCUUGAGCAUCGUGCAGGAUUUCUAUCCUGAGAUGAUUCACCAGGUCGCCGUGCUGAACUCCACCUCGAGCUUCUCAGGGCUCUUUAACUUUUUGUCUCCGAUCUUCAACGAGCGGAUGAAAGCAAAGAUCAAAGUGAGGCCCACUGGGAUUCCCUUUGAGGAGGUGGCGGACUUGAUGGAAGCGAAAGCCAUCCAUUCCUUCGUGGAAGAAACCUGUGGCCAUCUGUGUUGGUCACACCUUCUCGUGCCCAGCGGCGGCAAUGAGUUCCUGUCCAGAUGGCUGAAGCAGGGCCAGAAGUUGGAGUGGACAGCCAUCCUGGAGGACGGUGCAGAUGUCAUGGUCCACACGGCCUUCCUCCCGCAGGAUGAAAGCCAGCAGGAGGAGUUGGCCUUCAUCGCAGAGGAGAAACUUUUUCUGCGGAAAGCCAUCACCAGUGAGUACGAAGCUCCCGCAGAAGGACGCCCGUCGAUAACAGCUCCUCGUGGGUCAACAGCAAGACGGUGA